UUGCAAGACAUAACCAGGCCGGUGGGCGAUUGAAAAGUCUCACAACUGCUCCGACCCCCAGUGCUGCUCUCUGCUCUCGGGCCUCAGCCGACCAAAACCCAACAUGUCUGACACAGAGGAAGUUGAACAGGUGGAGGAAGAAUACGAAGAAGAAGAAGCCCACGAGGAAGAAGAGAAGCCAAAGCCCAAACUCACAGCACCAAAAAUCCCAGAUGGAGAUAAAGUAGACUUUGAUGAUAUCCAGAAGAAAAGACAGAACAAGGACUUGAUUGAGUUGCAGUCACUGAUUGAUCAACAUUUUGAGGCUCGCAAGAAGGAAGAGGAAGAGAUUAUUGGACUGAAGGACAGAAUUGAGAAACGUAGGACUGAGAGAUCUGAACAACAGAGGAUCAGAGCAGAGAAAGAGAAGGAACGUCAGACCAGACUUGCUGAGGAGAAGAUAAGAAGGGAGGAACAGGAUGCCAUGAGACGUGCUGAGGAUGACAUGAAGAAGAAGAAGGCUCUGUCCUCCAUGGGAGCCACAUACAGCAGCUACCUGGCCAAAGCUGACCAGAAGAGAGGCAAGAAGCAGACAGCCCGUGAGCAGAAAAAGAAGAUUCUGGCAGAUCGUCGCAAGGCCCUGAAUGUUGACCACAUGAGUGAGGACAAACUCAGGGACAAGGCUAAGGAGAUGUGGGACUGGCUGUACCAGCUGGAGUCCGAGAAGUUUGAGAUGGGAGAACAGCUCAAGAAACAGAAAUAUGAGAUUACGACCCUGCACAGGAGAGUAGAGGAACUCUCUAAGUUGUUACUACCCUCAGGAACCGUAUCGAUCAGCUGCAGAAACACAGCAAGAAAGCAGGAGGCAAAGGAAAAGUUGGGGGCCGCUGGAAGUAAAAUGCUCCAAAACCAAGACCUGGACAUGUCGGAGAGCAGCCCUUCUCCACCUACCUUUUACCAUCCCCGAUCCUGCAGGAAGCUGGCUACACUGAGUACCCCACAAAAUAGUUGUCCUGUCUAUCCCUUCGGGCCACCUUUUUCUCUCUGUGGACUGCUCUGUAUUAUCUCUUCUCUUUUGUAAAUAAAGUGUGACGCUUCUUAACCUAA